GGCUGACCCACGUUCCCUCCUCUCCCCGCCCCCGGCGGCGGCUGCUGUUGUCACCCACCGGGCCGCCUGUCCCGCUUGCCCUCCUAGCGGCGAGGCUUGCCGGGCCGGCCGGGCCGGGACAGGCGGCCGUCUCUUCACCGCCACCGCCAUGCUGGCCGUUCGCCCACCCCACUGGGGGCCCCACCGCGCCCCAGCCUCCCGUGGGCCCCGCGCCAGCCCUGACCUGGGUCUCAGCGGCGGUGGCAGCCGAGGUGCAGGAUGCGAGAAGGCGCCCCCGGGCCGGGCUCCCGCUCCAGGCCUCACUCCCCUGCGGCCCUCUGAGCCCACCAUGGCCGUCCCACCGGGCCAUGGUCCCUUCUCUGGCUUCCCAGGGCCCCAGGAGCACACGCAGGUAUUGCCUGAUGUGCGGCUGUUGCCACGGAGGCUGCCCCUGGCCUUCCGGGAUGCGACCUCGGCCCCACUGCGGAAGCUCUCUGUGGACCUCAUCAAGACCUACAAACACAUCAAUGAGGUAUACUAUGCGAAGAAGAAGCGGCGGGCCCAGCAGGCGCCACCUCAGGACUCGAGCACCAAGAAGGAGAAGAAGGUCUUGAACCAUGGUUAUGACGACGACAACCAUGACUACAUCGUACGCAGUGGCGAGCGCUGGCUGGAGCGCUAUGAGAUUGACUCGCUCAUUGGCAAAGGCUCCUUUGGCCAGGUGGUGAAAGCCUUUGAUCAUCAGACCCAGGAGCUAGUGGCCAUCAAAAUCAUCAAGAACAAAAAGGCCUUCCUGAACCAGGCUCAGAUUGAGUUGCGGCUGCUGGAGCUGAUGAACCAGCACGACACAGAGAUGAAGUACUACAUAGUGCACCUGAAGCGGCACUUCAUGUUCCGGAACCACCUGUGCCUGGUGUUCGAGCUGCUUUCCUACAACCUGUACGACCUCCUGCGCAACACGCACUUCCGCGGUGUCUCUCUGAACCUGACGCGGAAGCUGGCGCAGCAGCUCUGCACGGCGCUGCUUUUCCUGGCCACGCCCGAGCUCAGCAUCAUCCACUGCGACCUCAAGCCCGAGAACAUCCUACUCUGCAACCCCAAGCGCAGUGCCAUCAAGAUCGUGGACUUCGGCAGCUCCUGCCAGCUUGGCCAGAGGAUCUACCAGUACAUCCAGAGCCGCUUCUACAGGUCACCUGAGGUGCUCCUGGGCACGCCCUAUGACUUGGCCAUUGACAUGUGGUCCCUGGGCUGCAUUCUGGUGGAGAUGCACACCGGAGAGCCCCUCUUCAGUGGCUCCAAUGAGGUGGACCAGAUGAACCGGAUUGUGGAGGUGCUGGGCAUCCCACCAGCCCCCAUGCUGGACCAGGCACCCAAGGCUCGCAAGUACUUUGAACGGCUGCCUGGGGGUGGCUGGACCCUACGAAGGACAAAGGAACUCAGGAAGGAUUACCAGGGCCCCGGGACACGGCGGCUGCAGGAGGUGCUGGGCGUGCAGACGGGCGGGCCCGGGGGCCGGCGGGCGGGGGAGCCGGGCCACAGCCCCGCCGACUACCUCCGCUUCCAGGACCUGGUGCUGCGCAUGCUGGAGUAUGAGCCCGCCGCCCGCAUCAGCCCACUGGGGGCUCUGCAGCACGGCUUCUUCCGCCGCACUGCUGAUGAAGCCACCAACACGGGCCCGGCAGGCAGCAGUGCCUCCACCUCGCCCGCGCCCCUCGACACCUGUCCCUCCUCCAGCACAGCCAGCUCCAUCUCCAGCUCUGGAGGCUCCAGUGGUUCCUCCAGUGACAACCGGACCUACCGCUACAGCAACCGAUACUGUGGGGGCCCUGGGCCCCCUAUCACUGACUGUGAGAUGAACAGUCCCCAGGUUCCACCCUCCCGGCCACUGCGCCCCUGGGCAGGGGGUGACAUACCCCACAAGACACAUCAAGCCCCUGCCUCUGCCUCAUCACUGCCGGGGGCUGGGGCCCAGUUACCCCCGCAAUCCCGAUGCCUUGGCCGCCCCCCAUCACCAACCUCACCACCACCCCCGGAGCUGAUGGAUGUGAGCCUGGUGGGCGGCCCUUCAGACUGCUCCCCGCCUCACCCAGCACCUGCUCCCCAGCACCCGGCUGCCUCAGCUCUCCGGACUCGGAUGACAGGAGGUCGUCCAUCCCUUCCACCCCCUGAUGACCCUGCCACUCUGGGGUCUCGCUUGGGCCUCCGUGGUGUACCCCAGAGCACGGCAGCCAGCUCAUGACCCUGCCCCAUCCCUGGGGCCCCUCCUGAAGCCAUACCCCCUCAUCUGGGGGCCCUGGGCUCCCAUUCUCAUCUCUCCCCUUGACUGGAAUUGCUGCUACCCAGCUGGGGUGGGUGGGGCCUGCACUGACUGGGGCCUGGGGCAGGGGGUCAAGGAGAGGGGUUUAGGCGCACCCUCCCUGCUGAGGACUGGACCCUUGGCCCCCUCUCCCCCCUUGUUUUCUAUUUAUUGUACCAAAGACAGUCAUGGUCCGGUAGGGGGAGCCCCUCUCACCCUAGGGCCUAGGAGGGGGUGGGGUCAGGUAGGGGGAGAUGGCCUUGCUCCUCCUUGCUGUACCCCCUAGUAAAGAGCUUUCUCACA